UUCUUCCCAAGGUGUUACCAGUCAUUUGAUUAUAAUAAUAAUCUUACUAUGAACAACGUGUAGUUGAACCAGCGUUAUUCAUGAAGCACUGUUUGCAGAGCCUAGUGAGCGUACAAAAUAACUAGCUUUCAUCAGCGUUCUGGAGGGAUUGUUACGAUCCAUAAUGCCACGUUUUGUCUCCUGACAUCUGUAUGAUCCUUGUGGGUUUGGCGCGUAGUUAUGAUAACUCCUGACACUGGGUAUACACUGUUAAGUUUAUGUCGGUGGAAAUACACUGAGUGGUAUACUUCAAUCUCUAAGGUUUAAAUACUCUUAACUGGUGUUUUACAGGUAAAAUGAAGCCUCAAGGAUCUUCGUGCAGUUGAUACUUUGAACCUAACAAACCAACCUCUCGACACCACUUGUGGCCACUUGGACAAUCUGAAAUGUCACAACGCCGUGGUAGUACAAAGCGGGAAAGAGUAGUAGUGUGGGCAUGUCAGAAGAUUAUUGGCAAGCCAGCAGUGAUAGUUCUCUAGACAUAUAUGCUGGAAAAUUAGAAGUAAAGAGAAUGUACGAAGUCCUUUCACUGUCCUCAUCUAUUCAGACUCUUAAUUUAUUGGGAAUGGCGAAAAAUCCUUCAACCCUUAUCCUGGAGGGCAAGCGAGUACCAUGUAUUUUACACUUGAAAAAAUACUUUAAUAACUGAUCCACGAGAGAUAUAAGUGAUGCAAAAUCCCCACAGUGAAAAGUUGUUUAAAUAAAUGCAGUGAUUUAUAACAAAAAUGAAGUAUUUGGAAUUUUUAAAAAAAUUAAGUAUAAAGGUAAUUACCAACAGAACUUUGUCUUCAAUAAGGAACUAAGGAGCUUACGCAAACUUUUUCUGGUCAUCCAGACUGUGGUAUCUAUGUGGAAUUGUGAGCCACGAGCACUAAUCUGACCAGUCUUUCAACCAGCAUGCCUGGUCUUACACCCAGAAACUUCCAUAAUAUAGGCGGGGAAAUUCUGUGUUUAAUAUUGCCAAAUCAACUUGAUGAGAACUUAAUCACAAUUCAUUACAAUCCUCUGAGUGUUUCAUAAAAUAUCACUACUGGAACAAGUGUAUCAGUCUUCAAAAGGAAACUCGUGUAACCUUCGCCAAAUGCCAGAUCAGCCGACCAGCGGGUCGGCAACAGCCUGGUUGGCCAAAUACGCACCAAACAAACUUGACCCAAGAUCAAGACUGCGGGAGUAGGAUAAUUCUUGGAACCGGUUACAAGCAUAUCACAGCUUACAUUAAGAAGUUCUGGGACCCUGACACUUGAAUCUUAAACCAAAUUUCCCUUGACUGAUUGAUGGAAUUAAUUGUCUAACACCGUAUAAUAAUCCCUCAUUACACUCUUAACUUGCCUCGUGAGGUAUAUUGGCAGAGGAAAUUGGACAUGUAUCUUCGCCAAGUGCCAGAUCGACCGGGCUGUGAUGGAUAUAUGGGCCAGCGGGCCGACAGCAAAAACAGCCUGGAGUAUCAGGCAAACACCCGAUAAACAUGGCCCAGGAUCGGUCUACGAGGGUACGAAAACAUUUGAAGUCCUUCAAGGAUAUAUCUAAGGCAAAGGAAGCCAGGGGAUCCAUUCCUUGUAACCCCAAUGCGACUGAACCAUUAUUAAUAGUAGUAGUAUAUAGGAUAGUAAUAGUAGUGGUAGUAUUAGCAGUAAGGCAAUAUACCGUAGUAUGGUAAACUAUAAAAACAUUACACUUAGUAUACAAGGAAAACUGUCAUUUAUAAAGUUUUGUAUACAACAGUGAAGUAUUUUAUUUGGUACAGUUUGUUGGUAUUCACUUAUCAACCCCUGUUACAGUAUUAUUAUUGAUAUUAUUAUUAGUCUACUUCACCGUUUGUUGCUUUAUAUAUGUGAAUAACGUCCACAUAUCCCUGGUACCUACAUGUUUGAGUAAAGCUGACCGAUUUAAUGGAACCUGUCUCUUGCCCUUAGCAAAUAUUAUGUAAAUCAUCCGAAUUAACUCUAUCUCCUUGACUCGAUUAACUGGCGUUAAGUUGAUAAUGGGGGAAAACAGUUACUAAUUAUAAGUGGUUCCUCAAAAUACUGGAUUGAAAGAUACGGGAGAAAGUGCAAAAUAAACCCAGUGAAAAGCACGGGUGCGGUGGGCACAGUGAGGGAACACUGUAUGAACGUCCGGGGGCCCAGACUAUUCAACAUCUUACCAGAAGAUAAUAGAAACACUGCUGGAACAAAGUGUAAACAUUUUCAAGAGAAAAUUGGAGAAGUAUCUUCACCAGGUGCCAGAUCAGCCGGGCUGUGAUGGAUAUGUGGAUCACCGGGUCACCAUCAGCAACAGCCUGGAUGACCAGGCAAGUACCACACGAGUUUGGUCACAGGCCAAAACUCUGAAAUUCAUCAAAGAUAUAUGAUGUGUAGGGGAAACGUUUCGUCAGUAGAAGUACCAAGUGUUUAACGUGUCUUACUAGCUUGCCGGUAGUAUAUGUAUAUUGUCUAUAAUAUGAAGUUACUACAUCUAGGCGUGUAGCGAAGGACCAGAUGGAUAGCCUGGGUUCUGUGCGGUACUCGAAUUAAAGACCAAGUCACUUUCUCCCCAAAGCCGGCUGCUCCGACUUUAUAUAGUGGGGCAGUUGACGUGGUUUGUACUUGGGCAACUACUGUCUCCCAGGUACAGUCCAUGGAUGAGCAGUUCAUUAUUGUCUUUGCUUAAGUGGUUAGGAUAUUUUAGCAUUCAUUAAAAUUUCGACGCCGUGCGACUCCAGUGAGUUAAGCACUUUAUUUUAAUUAAUUUAUAUGUUGGUGUACCACUUGAGGGAGAUGCCUUGAUGACGAUGAGGAGCUCAUGAACCAGGGAAACGGGCCUGUCAUCCCCUUCCUUGGAUCAAACCUGACUACCUUCCAUUUCCCAUGCUCUGUAUGAUCCUUACAGGUCUAUCGCUUUUGAGUAUAAUAAUAAUAAUAAUUUUGGUAUAGCAACUGAAGCAGUGGGUUCCUAAAUGUUGUCCUUAUAUGUUGCAUACAUUGGCUCUAAUAUUCUGCCUAUUUGUGAAUAUCGCGUAGUCGCAAGUCUUUAUUAUUAUUAUUAUUAUUAUUAUUAUUAUUAUUAUCCUCAUAGAGAAAACAGGAAGUGUGUUAAAGUGUCGAGAAGUAACGAGGGGAGAGGCGUUCAUCGUGCUUCUGGCAGGGCGAGGCGAGUAGAGCACUCAGGUAGUCUACGAGACAAGACAGUCAUUAAUUCAUAACUGUGAGGGACGCACUCGAUCGUGUGUUCCCUGUUACAAAACUUUUUAAAAAAAUUAUUGCACUCGUGUUCUCCAACGCUUUGCCUCCUGGCCUCUGCUGAACCGUUUACAAGAAGCUAAGAAUGGUGUACGGACAGUAGACAUCUGGUAUGCAGCCCUGCGACAACAUGCCUUUUUACACAAGGCGUCAGUGGGUCACGAUAAUCCUGUUCAGUUUGGCUCAGUUCUGCAACGCUGCGUGUGUGUCACUUCAAGCACCUUUCUAUCCAGCGGAAGCAGAGAAGAAGGGCGCUACCGCUUCCCAGUAUGGUCUAGUAUUUGGAAGCUUUGAUCUGACAGUGUUCUUGGUGAGCCCCAUUUAUGGGAAGUUCAUGAACAAAUGGGGCACCAAGUUUAUCAACAAUGCUGGCAUCUUUACAGUCUCAAUCAUGUGCAUCCUCUUCGGGUUCCUCGACCAUAUGGACACCACCUCCCUCUUCAUCGGCUUCUCAUUCGCCAUCAGGAUUGUGGAGGCGAUGGGCAACGCAGCUUUUGUAACCUCCGCCUUCAGCAUCAUCGCCAAGGAAUUCCCCAAAAAUGUUGGUGCUGCGUUUGCUACUAUGGAGACUUUCUUCGGGUUAGGACUCAUUGUUGGACCUACGGUAGGAGGUGCUCUCUACGAACUGGGCGGCUACACUCUUCCCUUCGUGUCCCUGGGCAGUGUGCUUCUCGGGGCAGCCAUCAUGACCAGCUGCCUCUUGCCCUCCACAGGAGCUGAUGCUACACCUGAAUCUCUGGAUUCUCGAGGACAGUUUUCCACAGCUCUUCGGAUUCCAUCAAUUAUACUGAUGUGUUUAGCUCUUUUGUCGUCUUCCAUUAGCAUUGGUUUUCUACAGGCGACACUAGAGCCCCAUCUACGUCCUCUGAACCUCUCACCUUUUAAGUUAGGGCUUAUGUUCGUGCUCAGUGGUUUAAUGUACGCACUAACUACACCCUGCUGGGGAUCGUUAUGUGAUAAGUUAGUUCCUCCUGGAAUUAUCACUACACUCGGUACUGUUGUGGUAAUAAUUGCCUUUAUUUUGGUAGGACCUAUGCCAUUUAUCCCACUGGAAACAACCCUUCCUCUGUGUAUCGGCUCGCUCAUUGUUCAUGGUGUCGGAUUAGGUGCUGUAUUUGUAUCAACCUUCUCUGGUUGUCACCGGGAAGUUAUAGCAAAUGGAUUUCAUGAUGACCUGCACACUUACGGCCUGGUGUCUGGAAUCUGGACGUCGACUUUUGCCCUUGGAUGCUUCAUUGGCCCGUCGGUUGGUGGCGUUCUUCUGGACCUGGUGGGCUUCAAGUGGGCGUCUGUGUUCGUAGCAGCGCUACAUGCCUUAGUAGCAUUGUCUUUAGGAAUUUUUAUAUGCUUCAAGGGAAGUGGAAACGAAGUAUUACGUACAAAUGUGCAUGACAGCCUAUCGCAGGCUAGGGAUGAGCUCCACGGGCUUUUGUCCCACGUGGAUGGCGAGUGUGACUCCACUUAUGGUAGCGCGAGGUCCUCACAGAAGAACCUCCUCAGCAUAUCUUGAGUGGUUUUAAGUUCUUUGCAGUUUACAGUGUCCUGUUUCGCUUCGUCCUAAUGUAUCCUCCAUGUUGGCAAACUGACUCGACGCUGGCGCCUCGUUAAUACGAAAAACUGCUUGACAAGAGCUGGGGCGAUCUCUCAUGGCGUUGUUGUUGUUGAAGACAUCUUCAUAGUCGACCAAGUACGGAUGACAGCUCUACCACAGCAUCUGUAUUCACAUUAUUUAACCACUGUAUUCUGAGUCGUGUGUGAGGGGGGGGGGAAAGGGAUCAGGCGCUGCCUUUUUGUGACUGAAUCCGUUUGUAUAAAUCGUGACCCUCAGUUAAGCGGACUUCGGAAAUACGGAACAAAAUUCGCUGUGUCAAUAGUUUUGAAAACAAUGGACAAAGUUCUUUGGUCACAGAAUUGUUCUUUAUUGUUACAAUCACUGCAAAACAACAUUUUCUCUCUCCACACAACACUCAUCACUGGCCACCUGCUUCCCCAAUUAAUCUGUUAAAUAAAGUGUUUACUGUAAACUACUAAAAACAGGUUCUACUUGCAUAUUUUCUGUAUUGAGAUGGAGCGAACCAUUACAAAACAACAUCUUGGAUGAAAAUAUAAAUGUGUAUACUAGGCCGUGAUCUUAUAAAUGUGUCAUGUUUGUCUCUAUGUAAACCAUGUAUAACUAGUAUCUAGGUCACACUAUUGAGUUUUUUUCUGUAUAUGCAACAAACUAAACUGGUUAAUUAACUUUGUGAUAACCAUAACUUGUAUUUGAUGAUAAUUAAAAGUGUCCACUACAUCAGUUUAAUGUCUCUUCAGAUUAAUUGCAUUAAUUACAUCUUUAAGGCUUUUAAAAAUAAUAAUAAUGGGAAAA